AUGGAUUACUUCAAAGAACCUGUCCCAGGUGACAAAGUCCGCACCAUCGGAAAUCACACUUUCACCUGGACAGACCAACACAUUCCCAAAUCCCAAACAGAUCCUCUACGCUUCGAGUGUGAUGAACUUGGCGCAGCAGCAGUCAAGAAGAUCCAGGCUAUUCACGAACAACUCAGAAGUGAAGGCCAUCAAGUCAACAGAGGAGAUCUCUUCGAAACACUAAGUCAAUACCAUGACACAGAUGCCGAUCUUUCUCAGCUCUGGCAAGAAACGCAUCAUGUUCCUGAGUGGGUAGACUGGGAACAAAUCGCUCGUGGCCAACGAUUCUUUUAUCGCUACGCACUAGCAAACCUCAUUGGUUUUGCGUUCCAAGGUUUCGUGGGAGAGAACUCCGCUUCUACAAGCGUUGUAGAAGUUCUUGCUCGCACAGGCGGUUUUAGCACCCGUGUGCUAAGAAGACGCCUCCUUGAAACUUUCCAACUCGUUCUCCAAGUCACACACUCCCUUGAGUACAUCAAACCAGGUGGCUCAGGCCACAGAUCCAUCAUAAGGGUUAGACUCCUGCACUCCAUGGUCAGACAGCAGAUCCUCAAGGUAGCCGCGUCCAAGUGUCGCUUCUUCGACCAAGACACCCACGGCAUACCUAUCAACACCCUGGAUUCCAUCCACGCUAUAGCUACUUUCAGCUGCAACCAUGCUUGGCUGCAACUCCCCUGCAUGGGCAUCACGCCUGACCCACAGGAGGUAGAAGACUACAUUGCGCUCUGGAGGUACGUGGCCCAUGUGGUUGGGUCACCGCAGGAGUACUACACCAACGCUGCACAAGCCAAGGCUGUGAUGGAGAGCUUAGCUUACAACGAGCUCUUCGUGACGCCUACGUCAGUGGUGAUUGGACAUAACUUUGUCGAGGCGCUCAAGGAUCUUCCGCCGAUUAACAUCUCGGAUGGGUUCAUCCAGGCUGCAAGCCGUCAGCUGAACGGACAUAAGAUCUGCGAUCAGCUCGGGAUGGGAAGACCGGGAUUGUACGCGUAUGCGUGCUUUACCGGGCAUUGUUGGUUCGUCAGCGUCUUGGCGAUGAUGCAGCGAUGGAUCCCUUCCUUUGACGAACGGAUGGUUCAGUUGUGCAGGGAGGGAUUGCAUGGUGCUAUCAUCCAUAGCUCCCAAGGACUCGGGGGGGAAGGAGAAGAGUGGGCGUCUGGAGGGGAUGUUGUGGUUCUUUGA